UUUUCAUUGAAAUAUCAAGAAUAGAUAAAUAUUACUCCAAGUUGUCCAGCAGUUGGCUGCAACUUAUCAAAAGAACUGUGAUUCUGCAGCAAAGAAAUAUUCUCUCUAGUUGGUUGAAUUUUCAGAUUAGGUCUUCGGUCAAGCCUUAAGAUAUUUAUGAUUAGAUGUUUCAAACCAAGAUGUGCAGAUUUCAGUUCGAAUUGGAUGGAUGAAAUAGGGUUGCUGAAGCACUGAUGAAGAAUAGCUUAAUUAGAGAUCACUUGUAUGCUCAUCCUAUUCGUAAUAAUCAGUUUAUUCUAAGUGUUCAUUGUCUUCCAAUAAGUCUUCAUUUCAUUCUUCAAAUGCAUCAUUAUUGUAUCCAUAAAUGCAACCUGUAAAAGAGUUAAGCCGACAGAUUUAUCCAUGUAAUAGUUCAUUAUUCUCUCUUCAAAGCUUGAUUGGCUAAGCAUAUCGGCAACUUGGUUUGUCACAUCAGCAGAAUGGUUUUAUGGAUGAGAUAUAAACCUCUGAGUCUCAAACGUUAACUUUAGCUGUAAGAUGUGGGACUCAAUUUUACCUGGCUUUGUGCUUUUUAUUUUUAUAUGCUCCCUCUUCUUCAAUUUCAAAAUCGCAUUCUUCUUCU